UCAUCAGAUGCAUUUGACAGUGGUAAUAUAGUUAAGGAGAGGACCACAAACAAGGGAGCAUGGAUAAAUUAAGACGGAUAAUGACUGAUAUCAUCUUAUUCUUUCUUUUUUGUUUAUUUGUUUAUAUCCAAUCAACUGAAAGUCAGUGCAUCACAAAUGCAAUUAUUGGUAAAGAGAAAACACGGGAUGAAAGAAAAAAUGAUUAUGAUGGGGACGGAGUGAACGCAGUUUUAAAUUUGGACAACGAGUACAAGUUCACUUGCUGUGGUUUUAUAUAUGAAUGGGAAAUAUAUGUCAGCAAAGAUGCCACGACACCAAAAAAUGUAAAAGUGCAAGUUUGGUAUGAUACAGGGACAACGUGGAACUUGCGAGGGGUGAAUGACAUAACCGCCGAAAAUGCUGACCAAGCGAAUGUAAUACCAAUUCCAGAUGGAUCUAGAAUACGUGCCUUACCUGACGAUUAUAUUGGGUUCUUUGAAUAUGAUGGGUUUGUUAUCACAUACGAUAAUGGAGAUGACUACAGAACAGCUACAUUUGCUACAGACGAGACAACGUUUGACUGGAAUACAGCAACUAGUGGUAACAAAAGAGACCAUGCCAUUCACGCAAGAGUAACUCCAAGUCAAAUACCAAUGUUCACUAACCUGGACGACACUGUUGCAAUAAGUAACAAUGAAGUAGCCGGAACUGUUCUGUUUACUCUCGCUAUGAUUGACAGUGAUAUUGAAGAUGCAGGACUAUUGACUGUAAAACAUACAGCGAGCACUGGAUCUGCUGCAGAGUUCUUUGAACUUGACCUUAAUACUUUGGAAGUUAAAAUUAAGUCUGGUGUGUCUCUUUCUCCUGGAGAUCAUUCGAUGACAUUUACUGUAGCUGAUCCAUGUUCACAAUCGUCGUCCAGCAUUUUGACGAUACGGGUUGAGAAUGAUCCACCAGUUAUUACAAGCUUGGCUACUAGUAGUUCAACCACUAUAUCUGAGGACUUAGCAUCAGAGACCCUACUUCAUACUCUUAUCGUCUCGGACACACAACCUACUACUUGUAAACUUGUUUCUACUGGAGUUCCAUUUGAAAUCAAACGUAUUUCUGGGAGUACAGAUUAUGGAAUAUUCUUAUCGACCGGUGCAUCCUUAGAUUAUGACGCACGGAAUGCAUUUGUCUUAGACUUAUCUUGCACUGAUACUUAUGAUGACACAGCGGGUAUUUAUACAGUCUAUCUUAUUCGAAACGAGCCUCCUUCAAUUAACGGACUUCCAAGAGCUACAGAUAUACAAGAGGACGUGGUAGUAGAGACAACACUUUACACAUUUUCCGUGACGGACCCGGAAAACACUGCCGUUACAUGUUCUGUCACAGCAAUUACUCCAAAUACAAAUAUUAUAUUUAUGAAGCCAUCCACAAACCCUAAUGAAUUUGAUAUAAUUUUGCAAUCAAACCCUAGCCUUCAAUACGAUCUUAUAAGAACGUACAGAAUCGAUAUUCAGUGUAAUGAUGGUCGACGCCCCGAUUCCAGUGUCUUCUUUAUGAACGUCUUACGUAACAAGCCACCUGUAUUUUUAAACCUUCAAAAUGUAACCUCAGUGUCGAGUGUUGCAACUCAUAUUGGACAAAUUGUCUUCGACGUUGAUAUUACUGACCCAGAAAAUGACCAGGUGGAGUUCUCCAUGUUUUGUGUACCAUCAGCCAACUGUCCAUUUGAAAUAUAUCACUCUGGUGAAAUAGUACUCAAGCGGUCAAUAGAAGGUGAAUUUAUACCAGCCUAUGAUGUAUACGUUUAUGUAACUGACGGAAAGUCGACAACGGGACCCAGAUCAUUAACAGUCCAUGUCCUAGAUAUAAACUACGUCCCUGUUAUAAGGAAUCUACCCCUACCGUCUGCAUUAGUGGUGUCCGAAAAUUCCGCUCUAGGUUUGAGUAUUUUCCAAGUAUCUAUACAAGACAAUGAUGGUGCAGAUACACACACAUACACAAUGACGUCAUUCCCUUCUGAUGGGGUUUUGUACUUCGAUAUCAAUCCUGCAAAUGGCCUUUUCAGUACAUCUGCAUCAACAAAUAUCAAUUUCGAGGGCGUAUCAUCAACUUCCUUUACUUUUACGAUAACGGUUACUGACACAAAAGAUUCGGCAUCUCAGAAUCUCUCUAUAAGUAUAGCCAAUCAAAACGAGGCUCCAGUGUUUACAAAGAAAGCAUACGCAUUAAGUGUUGACGAAGGUGUGGCUGGUACUACUUUAGCUGACCCUAGUUACCUCUACCAAGAUGAGGAUAACGGUGACAUUCAUAAGUUUUCCAUGACCUGUGCAUCAAAUGUUGGAUAUUUUGCGAUAGCUCCAUCAACAGGAUUCAUCAGCCUGGCUACUGAUAUUGAUGUUGAUGCUGUCGGUUCUGCUGCAUCCUUUAUUUGUACAGUGGUUGUGUCAGAUGGUGCAUUUACCGACAGUGCAUCUUUAACCAUAACCGUUAAUAAUAUCAAUGACAAUACUCCAAGGUUUUCGAAUAAUCUGUUUACUUACUACCUAGAUAUUAACUAUCCUCCUAACACUGCCUUUGGUUCGACGGUUGCAACUGAUGCCGAUACUGGUUCAUUUGGAAUUUUCAUUUACAGCAUUGACCAAACAGCUUUAGGAACAGAAACAUUUGGAAUUCAAGCAAAUGGUGAUUUAUACUUAAAGAAUUCUUUAACAAGUUACGGUUAUGGUUCAAGUAUAAGCUUUACCGUUCAGGCAACAGAUACUGGAAGUCUUCAAGGGACAGCAAUAGUUUUUAUCGUCAUACCGCAAACUACAACAACGACCACAACCACAACAGAUCGACCUAUCACAUUUUGGGAAUACCCUGCCAACCCAGCGUGGGUUAUUGUUGCAGGUAUUCUUGGACUGAUACUUAUGGUGUUGCCUUGCUACAUGUGUUACAAAAACGAAUUUUCUUGUACCUGGAGAGGAAGACCAGGUGACUACCAUGAAAGACUUCAAGAACUAUCUGAAAUAAAUCAGAAAAAUGGGAGACAACCAAAUGAUAAUUCUAAUCCAAGUUGGAAACCAUUGAAAUGGUAUGAGCGGCAAUGAAUUCAAUGUUUACUGGAACAUAAUAUUAGAAGAAACAAUACAGUAAAAUUUAUAGAUUUAACAAAUUCUGAAAUCCUUGGUUAAUUGUUUAAUAUUCAUGUUAUUCAUUGUUAUUUAUAUUGACAAAAUAUCUGGAAACGAACUUUUUUGUCUUCAUUUAUACGAAUUCUUUGUCUUCAUUUAUUUUUUCACUUAUUUUAACUACGAAGGUUUUUCUACCACUAGGAAGAGAUGGUCUUAGAUUUUAGAAUAUUUGGUUUUUAACGUUCUUUAACUCCUUAAUUGAUUUGAUCUCAGAACAGUUUUUAUUCGAGCGCCUCUGGUAAGUCUUGAGAAGUCGAAAAGCGUCUUGCAUCAUGUUUUCGAAUAUAAGCAAGCAUAAUAUAAAUAAAAUAAUAUAGUGUGAAAUAAGAGGUACAUCGCAUUUCUGUAUGUAUGAAAUGCUUACAUCAAUUAAAAUUGCUAAAUAACUUUUGCCAUUGAUCACAUCUAUUCAAUUGGAGGAAAAUAAGGAAUUUCGCAAAUACAAUAGGGACCUUUAAUUUAUAUCUAUUACAGGUAUUUUGUAAACUGCUUGAACAUUUUAGGCAUUUUCUAAGAAUACCCGUGAGAUUUAGACAUUUUAUAAAUUGACUUAUCUUCCAAAAAAUUGCAGAACUUAGCUAUUGGAUUUCUGAUUGAUUCAUGACGAGAAACAAACAACAAUUUAUCAGUUCAAAUAUGCAUGGUGCUCUUUCUUUAUGUUACACACUUUUGUUUUGAAUUUAGAGUUUUGUUUUUGUAAAUAUUUGUUGUGUUGUAAGAACUGUUUGCUCUGCUGUGAUCGGAAUCUUGUGCUUGUUUUUUUUUCUUAUAUAAAUAUUUGUUCUGUUGUAAGAACUAUUUGCCCUUCUAUUAUCAUGAAAAGAUGACCAUAGAAUGACCCUCUAAAGUUAAUACUUCCGUAGUUUUUCUGUGACUACUAGUUGAAGAUAUACAAACAUUUCCUGCUUGUAUUUGAAGAAUAAAAUUAAUUUCACUUAA